GCUAUGAGGCGAAGAGACGCGACACCCGCCGAAUCCUCGCGAUCCAACCGAAAACGUUUAUAAACUUAAACACCAGCGCUCACGUUUGAGACAUGCGGUACCGAUAUCUCUUCAACAUCCACACUGGUCUGUGAGUUUCUGCAGUGUACGCACCCCCUGAAUCCGGAGGAUUUUUCCCCCGUCGGCCGAUUCGCCCCGACUAGGCAAUGACAACGGGUUCAGCGACCCCGCAGCAGAUGAGAGACCGGCUGCUGCAGGCCGUGGACGGCCAGAGCAACAUCUGUAACAUGGUUGCAGUACUUGAUGUUAUCACCAACUUGGAGAAAUACCCAAUCACCAAAGAAGCACUUGAGGAAACCCGACUCGGAAAGCUUAUUAAUGAUGUGAGAAAAAAGACAAAAGAUGAAGACCUUGCCAAACGAGCCAAGAAACUUCUUCGAAACUGGCAAAAGCUGAUUGAACCCAGCCAGAGUGACACUCCAUGUCGAGGAGUGCAGACUGGUUCAGGCUCAGCCAAUGGCAGUUCACAUCCCUGCCGAACAGACACGCCUUCAACUGUGCCGCCAGCAAGCAAGAUCGCUCCCGAACUCAAAACCAGAAAUGACAUCCACAAUACUUGCUUGCCUGUGGCAGAGAAAUCAAGAAGCCGAAAACACAGGGGGGAGCAAAGAGAGAGUCCACACCUACCAUCUAAAAUGCAUAAAACAUUCUCGUAUGAGCCUGUUUUUUCUUCCACCCCACCAUCAAAUGGAAUUGAUGGAAGCGCUGAUCCUGUCCUAGAAAAGCAAGAUGAUGCACCUUCUGACAGAAACCACCCAGAGCAUCUUGACAUUGACAGACAAAGCAAAAUCCCUGUAAAUGCAGUUAAACCUCAUCCAAGCUCUCCUGGGCUCAGCAAAUGUCCUAGCACUUCCUCCUUACUUAAGACAUCAGUGUUACAGCAGCAAACGAGACUAGAGGGAGAGGGUGGGGACAGAUGUCCCUCCAGUAACCCACAGUACUCCACUGUGAGUCCACGUAAUGUGAUGCAUGAGACAGUGGCUAAGAGGUCUUCAACAUAUGCACCAAAAGGGGCUCUCCUGAGCCCGCGUUCUCCCAGUUCUGCCCAAGUGCCCUCUCUUCUGCCUUUAACUUCCCCGUCCCAAGUGUGUCAUGCUGAUGGUCCAUCGCCCAUAGAGCUGGAAGACUCGGUGCCCUUGCACAGAUCGGAAGCGAGAACAUCUCAAACCCUGCACAGCAGUACCACACAGGAGACCUCAGAGCUUCUUAGACACUGUUUCUCUGAGGUUACUAAAGGUGGCUCCGAAGGAAUAACCUCUAACAAAAAACGAAAGAAGUACAGGUCCAGAGACUAUAUGGUAAAUCUUCAAGGGCAGUCCUCAGAGGACAGGACCAAGCCUGUGCGCUUAAAAGAACGCAGAUUGACUUUUGACCCGGUGACGGGAAAGAUCAGGCCCCUUACUCCCAAGGAAUCUCACCAAGAAGAGGAGUGCCAGGGGCCACCAGUUUUUCAAGAACCUUCAAGAACUGAGAUAUCGCAACAGAAGCAACCCAUGACGGUUGCCAGUCCCUUCCAGCAGACAAACUGGAAAGAGCUGUCCAGAAACGAAAUCAUUCAAUCUUACCUUAGCCUUCAGAGUAACGUUCUCACUUCCUCUGGGACACAGACACAUGGGGCUCACUUUUUCAUGACUGAAUAUUUGAAACGAGAGGAACAUGAUGUUAGAGAGUCCAGAAAGACACAUGUUUUAGUACCAAGUAGCUCGAACACUGAACUUCCGGGAGUUAGUCGGGAAGUGAUGCAAGAGGACCUUCAGAGAAUACACACAGAGCACUGGCCAGGGGUGAACGGUUGCUAUGACACCAAGGGCAACUGGUAUGAUUGGACAGAGUGUAUAUCUUUGGAUUCUCAUGGUGAUGAGACCAAACUGAAUAUCCUGCCAUAUGUGUGUCUAGACUGAGGAAGACCUCUCUGAUUGCUUUACUUGGUUUUGUUUUUGUUGUUUGUUUUUUACUGCCCCCACUGUGAGUUAGAACUUCUCUCCUUAAUAUUCCAUUCUGAAGUUUUCUGAUGGGUGGAGUAAAAAAGGGGGCUCUUCAGUUUUCUUAAAUAAAAAAAAAAAUUAAUUGAAAAGAUGUCCUGUUUGUAAUGUGCUGCUACCAACGAGAAUUUGCAAACAAGAGUUGUAAAUAAAGGCUCAGUGGGAGGGUCCGGGCCAGUUAUUGCACAAUAAUGUGUGGGCGGCGUCCGAGCAAGCACGGAGCGGUGAAGCUCGGGUGAAAAGCAAGUCAGAAGCUUGUUUGGCAGUUACAAAAAGCUUUAUGUCACAGAAUAAAUUAUACUUUUUUAUCAUGUAUGCAUCUAUUUAUUUGACCUUUUUUUUUUUUCUUUCAUUUUUCCUACCAGAAGGUUUAUCAGCUGACAUGUGCAAGUAUCUUUGAGGCUUUUCGGUUUGCAUCACGUUUGACCUUUUUAUUUGUGAUGUACAUGAUGGCGAAGUCUUUUUCUCUCAUGUACUGAUUACAGUAGCCACCAACAUUCCAUACAUUGUGGUGUUCUUCACAUUUCUUCUCCGUUUAAUCUGUAUAUGAUUUUCAGGGGAUAGAAACUGUUUGACCUCUUGAAUAAGAAAAAAUGCAUCUCUUUGCUUAGGUGAUUGUAAGUGUGUUAAAGAUGUAACAGAUCUUCAUUUCCCAUCAUGUCCCUUGGCAAAAUACCAAAAGCAGAGAAUGAUGUCUUCAUACUGUGAAGAUGGGAAUGCAGGAAAAUGUUAAAUGCUGGAAUUAUACUCGUCACCAUUCCUAUAGAUAUAAAUUGCCUUACUGGACAAAAACACCACAAAAAUAAACAGAAAAUGGAGACUUAAUUUGAGCCUUAGUGAAUGUAGGGCAUUUGGAGCAUUCCCAAAACGUCAUGGGUGCAUCGUUUUGAUAGAGAUGCACAUUAUCUGCAUGUCUUUACUGCUUGCAAUCCAUAUAUAACAGCGUGAAGUGGGUAAAUCAGCAUUUUAGAUGGAUCAGACUAUCCUUUGUUUCCUAUUUGUCAACCAGUAGAUCCUUUUCAUGUCAUUACACACAACGUAUGCUGGUUGGCACCAUGGGAAUUUAUUAGUUUUUAUUUCUUCUUUUUCCCUUCAAAAAAAGCUUGUUUGUUUCAUUAUGAUGCCUUGCCAUUAAUUUUGACAUUUUGUGAAGGUGGUGAAGUCUGUUUGCUGCUGACUUGCAAACACUGUGUGCUCUGCUAACUUGCUACCUUGGUCAUACCAAUGUGCCUUUGAUGUAAAAAUUUGGAAUGGCUUCCGCUAGCUUCACUUGGUGAAAGUACAACUUAUGAUUUCUUACAACCAUGUCAGAUAUUGCAGGGAUACGCAUUGUUUUUGAAGCCGUGGCCAUCUAAUGAGCUUAACCCUUAGUAAGGGUAUUGCGAAUUUGCAAUAAAACCAGAGGCCGAACUAUCUAUUUGAGCUGAUCACUCGGUCAGUACUUUUGUUCAGUGUUCAUGACUCGUUUGUUCAAAAUAAAUGAACUGAUUGAAACUUU